UGAGGAGCGAGGGUGUCGUGGACGCGCCGGCUGGUGCGUGUGUGUGUAUGCGUGUUUUGGAGGAAAAGAAGGAGGAGGCAGCGUGUGUGUGUGUGUGUGUAUGUAUGUGUGAGCGGGAGCAAAGACUCUGCAGUGUCUUGGCAGCUGCAUUCUACUGUAGUGCAUCUCCCAUCGCCCGUGAUGCCUUCAUGGCCAAAGGCUUCCUCCUCCCCCGCGUCCACUCUUGAAGACGCGAAGAUGAACUCGCCCGCAAAUUGAGCCGGACACUGGUCAGCUCGGACUAUCUCCCCUCGUCCUUCCUUCCUUCCUUCCUUGCUCUUUUCCUUUUCAUUCUCGCUCGCAUCCAUUCAUCCAAGCGUCGCCCAGCUCAUUUGAAUGGAAGAUGGCGAGGGGCGGGUGGUGCUUCAGCGACGUCCGCUUGGUAUCUCUGCAGAUCAUCUUGAUGCUCGGCAGCGCGGCGUGGCCUGGUUCCGAUGGGCUCACCUUCCCACAGCAGUACACGAUAAUGCACUGGGCGAGACGCAUCGAGCUGGAGAUUGACAGAGUCUUUCAGCACAUCAGUGGAGCUCAGCAGCUGAAAGGGAUAUACAAUGAAGAAAGAAGAAGCUUUAGUCUGGUGAAGAAUCAACCUCGAAAGAUCGUGGAGAAGGCGGCUUCGGAUAUCGAGAAACUUCUGGCGAAGAAGCGCAAAGCUCUCGAAAGGUUGGCCGCUGAGGCUGAACGGCUCCAGCUCGAGCAUACCUGGCAGGAUGGCAUCAAGGAGCUGGACAUGGCCUAUUAUGACUCUAAGGCAGAGCUUGAUCAUUAUUCCAUGGAUGGAGAGAGUGAAGUGGACAAUCCUUCCCACAUCAAAUUGGAGUUCGUGUACGACCCCAAUUUCAAAAACAAUGUCAACUACUCCUACACGGCUGUUCAGAUUCCCACAGACAUUUAUAAAGGAGCUCCGGUCAUUCUCAAUGAGCUCAACUGGACGCAAGCGCUGGAGAAAGUGUUCAUGGAGAACAGUCGGGAGGAUCCGUCACUACUGUGGCAAGCGUUUGGCAGCGCCACCGGGGUGACGCGCUACUACCCUGCCACCCCAUGGAAAGCUCCUGAUAAAAUUGACCUGUAUGAUGUCAGAAGGAGACCCUGGUACAUCCAGGGUGCUUCCUCCCCUAAAGACAUGGUCAUUCUUGUCGAUGUGAGCGGCAGUGUCAGUGGACUCACACUUAAGCUGAUCAAGGCAUCCGUGAUGGAGAUGCUGGACACUUUGUCUGAUGAUGAUUACGUCAACGUGGCCCGGUUCAGUGAAAAAGCCGAGGCAGUGGUUCCUUGCUUCAAACAUCUGGUCCAGGCCAACGUGCGCAACAAGAAGAUCUUUAAAGAAGCCGUGCAGCAGAUGCAGGCCAAAGGCACCACUGACUACAAGUCUGGAUUUCAUUUCGCCUUCAAUCAGCUCUUAAAUAAAACAAACGUGCCACGGGCCAACUGCAAUAAAAUCAUCAUGCUUUUCACGGAUGGAGGAGAAGACCGAGCUCAAGAUGUUUUCAUGCAGUACAACUGGCCCAACAAAACGGUUCGAGUUUUCACCUUUUCCGUGGGCCAACAUAACUAUGAUGUCACACCCUUACAGUGGAUCGCAUGCACAAAUAAAGGGUACUAUUUUGAGAUCCGUUCCCUCUGUGCCAUAAGGAUUAACACGCAGGAGUAUCUGGAUGUGUUGGGACGUCCCAUGGUUCUCGCAGGUGACGAGGCCAAGCAGGUCCAGUGGACCAAUGUUUACCAGGAUGCCUUGGGUCUUGGGAUGGUGGUAACCGGGACUUUGCCAGUAUUUAAUCGCACCAUGGAUGGAAAACUACAGAACCAACUGAUUUUAGGUGUGAUGGGAGUCGACGUGCAUCUGGAUGAGAUCAAGCGCCUGACGCCACAGUACAGUCUCGGAGCCAAUGGUUACAUCUUUGCAAUUGACCCAAAUGGAUAUCUUCUGCUUCAUCCCAAUCUGCUGCCCAAGCUGGUGCAUCUCCCAGAACCCGUAACACUGGACUUUUUGGAUGCAGAAGUAGAGGACAGCAAUAAAGAGGAGAUCCGGCGACAGAUGAUUGAUGGACGACCGGGGGACAUGCAGAUCAAAACUCUUAUCAAGUCAGUUGAUGAGCAAUACAUUGAUGAGGUGUACAGAGGUUACACUUGGACUCCUGUCAAUGGGACAGAUUACAGUCUGGGGCUGGUACUGCCUCACUACAACGAAUACUACAUCCAGGCAGACCUCAGCGAUGUGAUGCUUCAACUUCAGUAUAUGCAGUCGUUAUUGCCGAGCUCCUUUGAAUCUUCAGGACACGUCUUUCUUGCUCCAAGAGAAUACUGCAAGCGUCUGGAGCUCGCCAACAACAACACCGAAUUUUUGCAAAAUUUUCUCUCCCUCAUGCUGGAUAUUUCUCCUGAAUCAGAUGAGUGUGACCAAGGACUCAUACACAACCUGAUAUUGGACUCUAGGAUUAUUGGGCAGCUAGCGUCACGCGUGUGGAAGAACAAGGAUCUGGCUUCGUACGGCUUCUUGGCCGUCUUUGCGUCCACUGAUGGAGGCAUAACGCGAGUGUUCCCCAACUUAGCCGCAGAGUUAUGGGACGAGGACCCGGAACCUUUCAAUUCAAACUACUACAGAAGGAGCCUUGACAACAAAGGUUACAUGUUUCGAGCGCCGGCAAGAGACUCUUUAGAUGACAUGUUAGGACCAGAAAAUGGUACAGUUGGAAUUCUGGUUAGUUCAGCUGUGGAAGUUAAUUUGGGAGGAAAACUUCUCAAACCUGCAGUGGUGGGAGUCAAGCUGGACCUGGAAGCGUGGGUAGACAAGUUCAAGAUCCUGGCCAGUAAUGUGUCAGACAGCCGCCAAGGCUCACACAAGUGCGGACCAUCCAGGAGUUGUGAGAUGGAUUGUGAGGUCAACACUGACGAUCUCCUUUGCUAUCUCAUUGAUGAUGGUGGCUUCCUGGUUAUGUCUAAUCAAAGAGAUCACUGGAAAAAGAUCGGACUAUUUUUUGGAGAGGUGGAUCCAUACUUGAUGCACGCGCUUUACAACAAUUCUAUCUUCAACCGCCGACAGACUUUUCACUUCCAGACAGCAUGCGAGCCGGUCAGCAGCAGCCACACUGGGGCGGCACCUAGACGCUUCUUUGUGCCUUCCAUCGCCGACAUCCUCAGCUUGGCUUGGUGGACGUCCACAGUGGCCUGGUCUUUGAUCCAGCAGCUACUUUACGGAUUGGCACACAUCAGCUGGCUUCAACAAGAUGACAUCUUCACAGAAGCCUUUGAGAUAAAGACAAGCAGCUGUGUGACCAUCCAAAGCCAGUUCUUCUUCACCAACACCACCAACUCGUACAACGUACUGCAGGAUUGCGGCAACUGCUCUCGGUUGUUCCACGCCAAGCGGAUAGAAAACACCAACCUCCUCUUUGUGGUUGCUGAGACGCUCCCCUGCAGCUCCUGUGAGAUAGAGAGGCUGAGCCAAAUCAAGACGGAGUUCCAGGAGGAGAAUCCUUGCGAGGUACUGAGCAACGCACGAUAUCGGAGAGGUCCGACAACCUGCCUUGACUUCAGUGCCUUAGAAAACACUUCGGAGUGUGGACGGGCACAUUUUGUGCAGCCCUGCAUGGAGGUCCUUCUUGUCCUUCAGCUCAUUCUGCCUUUCUUUCACCACUGACACGUGCUGCCAUUUGCUGAUAUGUCUACUGAAAGUCAGGUACCCAAAGCAAGUGUCUCUCUUCUUCUGGAUCAACUUUUUUUUUGUGGCUUACUGGUCACUUGAACUCUUCCUUUAACGGGACAACAAGCAAGCACUCGACUGGACAAUUUGGGGCCAAAUGAGAGGAUGUGGAACUCUUUAUCAUUGCUUUCUCUCUGGAACACUUGUGGCAUAUACGUAACAGAGAUUAAUUGAUGCUGUGUGCGCUGGCGGUUCAAAAAAAAAGUGUUCAUACAAAGUUUACGCAUGUCACGAUGGGGAAAAAGAAUCGACAUGAGCGAAAAUGGAUUUAUUGUUUUUACAGCUCAAUUCCGACAAAUGGCACACUUCUUUUUUGCUGCCUUUUCUUCAUCGUAAAGUUCUUUGACCAACCAGAAGUACAAAUUUUAUCAGUGGUCACAUUGUGACCUGUUUACAAUCUCUCUGUGACACUUUAAAAUUUACAAAGCAAGCAUUUAAAAAAAAAAAAAAAAAAAACGUUUUUGUUAUUACGGGACCACGUGAGGCUGACCAAAUAUUUGUUAUUAAACGGCUGAGAUUAUCUUGAAGUGCUUCCAUUUGGGAAAAACAUUAAGCACAAGACAUUUGGCAAAGUCAAAUAAAAUUGAAUACGGUCAUUAAUAUUGAUUAACAGGAAGAUGUAAUAAUACAGUGCUUCGUGCAAUAAUGCUGUGGGGAUGAUCGUGAUUUUUUUUUUUUUUAAUACUCACAAUCCAGUUUGAUUUAAGUGCAGUGGUUGGUUGGUUGAUUGGUUUAUUUAAGUGUUUGGUAAAGAACCAAAUCAAUUUAUAACAAAGCAACAGGUAUUUGCUUCUUGUAUGGGGAAUGUAGCUUCUGAGCAGCUUUCUGUCUUCUCACUCUGUUUUCAAUAUGUGACGACUUCAUUUUUGAAAGCGACGCUUCACUGUGGCACGGCAUUUUAUUAUGACAGCAAUACAUGUAUUUGAUGUAUACAAGUCACAAGCAAAUUUUAUUUUUUAAAAAAAUGCAAUAAAUGACAAUGUGAAGGGCAACUGAAGGAGCCCAAGUUUUGGGAAUUUUUAGAUGCUCCGUUAUAAAUUGAAGAAUUUCUAUUUCAGUCCUCUAGAUGUUGCUGAUGUAUAAAUUAGCUUGCACUUACACACAAACUAAAUAAAGUGGAAACAUUUCUUCAUGCACUGCCUGCCCUGCACUGUAAAAAAAAAAAAAAAAAGUCAGGUCAACUCAAAAUUUCAAGGCAACAAAACAACUAAGCAAAUUAUUUUGGAGCAAACAGCUUGCUUGCUUUGUUGUUCUAAUUGUUGCAAUAAAUGUCAGUAAUUUAUACCUUCAAGUUUUUCCAACUUAAAUGAUUGUGUUAGGAUUAAAAAAAGUACAAACUUUGUUUUUUUACAGUGUUGAAUCUUCCUAUGCUGGUCUAACUUUACAUUGUUGCCGUUGUUAUUAUAAGUCAGUAGGCGACAUCUUGUCUAGCCAGUGAGUUGCUGAAGCUUCACCUUGUACAAAGUGACUGUGAUUCUUGUCAAUUCCGUCAGCUUCACCACAAAUAUUUUCCCACAUGGCCGUUUUGUCUUUUUCCUCCGUCCGCCUGAUUUUCCAGCCUGCAGUGCCUUGUGGCACUCACUUUGGACGUUCACCCUGCAAUCUCGCAGGUCAUGCGAAGGACUUGUGGAGGUUCUGGCGGACAUUUGAUUGCUCCUUGAGAACAAAUGAGACUUUUCAUUAGAGCACAGUACAGUUGAAGAACGCUGCAGCCACCUCAUGGAAAAGAAAUCCGAGGUCGGACCUUGAAUCAAAGCACAGGCUUUGUCCGUCUUCGUACAUUCCCGCCACAUUCCUCCAGUUUGACAUCUUUUCUGCCACGAAUGACCGAAACAAGUGAAUGUUGAGGAUGUUUAUGUUUGCGUUGUCGGCCUACUGUCGUGCAUCUUUGCCGUCCCCCAGCAUGGUCGGGGAGAGGUUCGCCAAGAACAUUGCUUCCAAAAGAAAGGAAAAUUGCUUUUACCCCGCGGCUUUGAAUUUAGGUCUUAAAACUUAAGUAUGACGGUAAUAAAUUUUACUGUUUUACAUUUUA